GAAGAAGCUCCCAAAUGGGGGAGGAGCUUCCCGAGUGACGUCACUCCCGCGUUGCCCCGCCCCCCGUGGAGAGCGCCUGGGUGGAAACCCUUGCCGAGAGGGAGGACGUGGAGAUGUCUAAUGCAAUCGGGCACAGUUCAAUUUCAGAACUGAAGAGCUUCCCUUGUUCCAUUAAGUCACAAAAUAAUCCCUCAUCGAGCCCAUUUGUGAGUGAAAUGUGUUGCCAGGAUACAUCAGCACUCUUUUCAGUGAAGUCAAGCCAGCAUAAAUCAGAAAUGGCCAUCAGUGAGCCCCUUCCCAUAGCAGAUAAUGCCAAAAGGAAAAAGAAAAAAAGGACCAGAGCUACAGAUCAUUUUCCUGGAAGGUUUGAAGAUUUGUACAAACUCACUGCGGAGUUGCUGGGUGAGGGAUCUUAUGCCAAGGUACAGGGUGCAGUCAGCUUGCAAAAUGGGAAGGAAUAUGCAGUCAAAAUAAUUGAAAAACAUGCAGGACAUAGUCGGAGUCGGGUUUUCCGAGAGGUGGAGACUUUGUAUCAGUGUCAGGGUAACAAGAACAUUUUGGAAUUGAUAGAAUUUUUUGAAGAUAAUUCAAGGUAUUACCUUGUCUUUGAAAAACUACGUGGAGGUUCUAUCCUGGCCCACAUACAAGAGCAAAAGCACUUUAAUGAGAGAGAAGCCAGCAGGGUGGUGAGAGAUAUUGCCUCUGCCCUGGAUUUCCUACACACAAAAGGAAUUGCUCAUCGAGACCUAAAACCUGAAAACAUAUUGUGUGAAUCUCCCACUAAGGUAUCCCCAGUGAGAAUUUGUGACUUUGACCUUGGAAGUGGGGUAAAACUCAACAGUGCGUGUACUCCAAUUACUACUCCUGAGCUGACUACUCCAUGUGGUUCUGCAGAGUACAUGGCCCCUGAGGUGGUGGAAGUGUUUACAGAGGAAGCCACGUUCUAUGACAAGCGCUGUGACCUGUGGAGCUUGGGGGUGAUUUUGUACAUCAUGCUAAGUGGCUACCCACCUUUUGUGGGGAACUGUGGCACCGAUUGUGGCUGGGACAGAGGAGAAGUCUGCAAAGUCUGUCAGAACAAACUCUUUGAGAGUAUCCAGGAAGGCAAAUAUGAGUUUCCAGAGAAGGACUGGUCUCAUAUCUCCGAUGAUGCCAAGGAUCUGAUCUCAAAGUUGUUAGUCCGUGAUGCCAAGGAAAGGCUCAGUGCUGCUCAGGUUCUACAGCAUCCAUGGGUACAAGGUCAUGCUUCUGAAAGAGGGCUGCCUACACCACAGGUCCUUCAAAGGAACAGCAGCACAAAGGACCUGACCCUCUUUGCUGCAGAGGCCAUUGCCCUGAACCGCCAGCUCUCCCAGCAUGAGAAUCAUCUCAGCGAAGAGGAAGAGAGUCUCUCGCAGGCCAUGUGUUCCAUGAAGCUGUCUCCUCCGUCCAAAUCGUGUCUAGCCAAACGCAGAGCCAUGACCCAGGCCAUAAAGAGCAGCGACUUCCAGCCAGCUCCACAUGCUGCCCUUUAACACCCCUCUCUGUUUUAUCAUAGUUAGACUCAGUUUUGCAUCAUGGUGUUAAAGGACUCGUUCAACUGUCAGUGUUAAAAAGGUUUUUAGAACAAAGCUUGGGGUGAAGUAACAUUGAGGAUGAUUUCUUUGAAGCUUUUAAUUUUGUAAAUACAUAUUAUAAGAUGCUUUUUCAAUUACAGUGGUGCUGUGGUACUGACAAAACAAACCACCCAGGCUGUGUUUGCACAAAGUUGUUGAUAACCAGGUGAAGGACUUUUCAAUACUUCCACAAUUUUUGGUCUCUACCUGCAGCUGCAGAAUAGCUAUGGUGGCCAUUCUUCAGGAAACGUGGUUCAGCUGCUUUUUAACUUUUUUCUUUGCCCAUGUUAAGACUUCAGUGAAAUGGCAAAACAUAUGCACAAAAACCUUUCCUCUAUCAUUGUUUCUAGAGUGUGUUGCUUUAUUAGGUGGAUCCUUGUUUAUAGACCUGACCAGAGCUUUAAAAAUGUACUUGCUUGGAAAACUGUUCUCAGAAAUGUUCAGUCAGCAUGGCCAGUAAUGGAGUAAUUUAAAAUUUCGAUUGUGUUGUAUUAUACAAAAAGUUUUAAUGUGUUGAACUUGCAUUAUAGCAUGAUUUAUUUUCAUCUUCUCUUUAAUUAUUGGAGGAGCAUAUCAUCUAACAGUUUUAACAACACAACAGCACAUUAGAUUCAGUUUGACAUUUCUGAGUAUGCACCAAAACUAGCCUUUUCUUAUACAGUGAGUAAAAAGAUAAUGUCAUCGAGUUGUGUAAACUAACAAAGCUCCCUAGAGCUUGGAUCGGUUUGUUUCGAGAAGAGAGAGUUUCUUGCUGUUGAGUCACACACACAUCACAGGGUGUUUUAUGAAACUGAAGAUGGAGAGAAGAAGAUCACAGGCCUGGCAUGUACCAUUUUCACAGCACAAUGUCAACAUACUUCCUCAUGAUCACUUGUGGUAAUUUCCUCUGUGUUUCAAUUGUUCUCCAUAUUUUUGCAUGUGAAGAGAGUUAUAUAGGAAUAACCUUAUACCUCAGGCCCUGAAAACUCCACUAUAGUGUAUUUUGGGUUUGGUAAUGGAAAUUCAAGUGACAGGAACGGAGUCAGAUUUUCUUUUGAAAUGCAACGUAUUAUUUUAAUUAAUGCCCUUUCAAACCCAGGGGCUUUGGAAUUAUAAUUACACAGUAGUUAUUCUAAAACCAAACCAGUAAUUUCAGCUUGCAUAUCUUUGUUGAAAGUGAUGAAUCUUUUGAGCUCAGGAAAGUCAAGUCUCUUUUAAGCAAGAUUUGUUCAAAGUUGGAAAAUAGAUAUUCAUGUUGAAGGAUCAGGAAAUGGAAGAAAUCCAACUAGUUAGAAGGAUGUGAAUUGAGGUUAUCCUAAUCCAGUCUGCCAGGAUAGCUUCAUACUUUGCCUUUGGAUACAACAUGUGUAUUUAUACACUUUUUAGCUACAACUGUACAUAUUCAUGAUUAAUGUGAAGAAUGGCUGCUAAAGGUUUUCGAUAUAUUGCACCAUUAGUGAAAGUAAUUAAUUAUACCUUGGUUUUUAAGUAUAC